CCACUUGGCUCGUAUGCAGACUUCACCUACGUUAUUUUUUAAAAGAGCGAGCCACUUCAUCGAUCGUUUCUUACAGCUUUGUCAAGUGAAGCGCACAACAUUUUCCACGACGAAAAGAGUCGGUUUCGAAAAAACUUCAUUAGCAUACUUCAGUUUCGAAACGAUAUCAUAUUUGUUUAAUAAAGACGAAAUCAAGAAAGAAAACAUUGUUGUUUUUAAGAUGAUUCGGCAUUGAACGUGAAACGAAACCAGUUUCAUUUCGAACGGAAGUUGCGAUUAGAUAAUUUAAAUGGGAGGACGAAGUAGAUCCAUUGAGUUUGUCCCUGCACACAGCAACGCUUAGAAGUCCUCGAGCGAAGGUUCAGUGAUUGAAGUGACUCUGGUCUAGAUAGACGGCCAUAUUACUGAGAAUAACAGGUACUUAACUCCACAAAUGUCCGACGUUCAAAUGAUUCAUUCGGUUUCAGAAGGUGACACUACAUACUCGCUAAGGGAUUUUCUCGACACGUUUACUCUUCCUCAACAUGUGAAGAUACGUGAGGGUUAUUAUGAUGAAAAUCAGCGCACAACCAUUGGUGCAGAUGGUGUUUACAACCUGCUGACGGUCGAAAGUGUCGAAACGGUGUUGUAUGAAAAUGCCCAAGGCGAAGAAACUCGAAUCCCGCUUGACUACCCGUGUACCGUUGAACGGGUAGCGGAAGAGAGAUUUCAACAGAAGUUCAUACUACAAGACCUGGUCCAUGAUAGCUCGACUGUAAAGAUUGUGCGUGUGAUUGAGACCGACCCAGAUUACGAAGCUGUCAUCAAGAAUGGCGACAAGCUUAAGAUAGAAAAGAAAAAGUGCCGUGAAAACUUUGUGGCUUUCAAAAGAGUCCACGAUAAGGGCAAGACUCUGUUAAAAGUCCCGGCGAGUUGCCAAGCUAAAGUUGUAGCGCUUUGGGACGGCGAAGAAAUGCCCCUUGCCAAGUUUGUAAAGAAGACCAAACUGCCCGUCCAUGUGAGGUUUAUUGAUACAAGUACAAACGACGACAAAGCUGAACAAGGGGAACUGCCUUGUCCUUCAAGACCGGACUCUAUCACUACGUUGCCAGAGGGUGUUGUUAAACUGAAGGGGAUUCUGGUAGACACGUUUGUAACGGCUACAACGGAAGUUCAGGGUGUGACAUCAAAGUUUUCAUUUCCCAAUACGCUACCGAUUAGCGUUGUGCCUAUGACAAUGAAAGCUACCUCUUCGAACCUAAACAACGAAGCAGGUAAUGAUGACAGAGAAUUUCUCGACGACGAAACUCAGUAUGAAGACAUGUCUGGCAUGAAGUCGGUGCUAGGUUCACCUCAGCAAACAAGGGGAAAGACAGGGAAAAGGAACAGUGAAAUCAGUGACAAGUGCAUGUCAAUCGCACGGUUGGGUGGGCUAGGAGCUCGCCAGAACACUUAUUCACCAGCUCCUUCUAAAAAAGUGCUCAGAAGCCAAAGUGUGACACUGCCACGACAAGGAACUGUUUUAUUACAGAGGACUACGAGCGCCUUACAACUGCAAACGAUGUUCACGGACAGUAAAGAAAACUUUUACGACGAAAUUAAUGUUAGUGCGAAACCUGAAGAGGUGAAAAGUACUCCAUCGCUAAUGGAAAGAAGAAGACGAAGCGACCCGAACACUCGUCAGGUAUCGAAACAGAAUCUAGAAAACUUGGUACAAGUGCAGGGUCAGACCUCGAGUGAUCCUGAAACCUCCCAAUUUACAGCCGAAAUGGUUUCGUUGCAGAUUGCGAAAACCUCACCGACCUUAAUGCCACGCGUGAAAAUGAAGACAUUCGGUAGAAAGGAAACAGUGAUAGAAAAUGAAAGUGCGUCAAGUGACGUAUACAGUGUUGUCUUCAAAGGUUGUGCUAGCCAGCAACUGAAUCUGCUACCGCCAUUGUCGUCUUCAUCGACGAAGAGCUCGCCUUUUUAUGGUUCUGAGGAAACAGAGACCGCAAACCCAAACGUGCUGCUUGCCCCGAAGGUAACACGUUCAAGCGCAGAUGCACUUCCACCACUUCCUUCACAACAGGGAAGUUGUUCAGGGGAAUCUCAUUUGUCGGGUGGCGAUCUUCCGGUGGGCGCUAAGGCAGAAUCAAACGGAAGUCGUGGCGCUAUUGGCAACAAGGCUCUAUCGACCGGCACCGUGAAAAAGAAAGCAAUCCCUGAACCUUCUCAAAGAAGUGAGAAAUACGCGAAUAUCAAAACCCAACAGCAACCAUUCCGUAAUCCUACAGCUACAGUUGAACCCGAUGUAUCAACGAAUAUGACCGAAGACCCACCACCACUUCCUUCACGUAUCAAACAAACUGACAGCAUUGCAAGCUCCAAAGGUUGCCAACCUAUUCCCUCCCCAAGGGUUAAGCACCAUCCUUUCUCCAAAACGUCUCAAGAAGAAAGCGAUUUGCCUCUACCAAAUAAAAAGGAAAUUCAACCUGCUUCAGGCACUAAAACGCUCGGCACAGCGUCGCGGCCUGGAACGGAACAGGGGCCAAAAACACCAGAAGAGUUCCAGGCAACGAUGAAAGAAACCUCGAAGUCCAAUUUAAUCAUUCCGCAGGACCUAAGCACACUGAGAGUCCCUGAAGUUCUUGAGUGUCUAAGAGGUUUGAACAUGCAACAGUUUGAGAAGAUUUUCAGCGAGCAUCAGGUUGAUGGCAGCAUGCUUGUGUGUUUGGACGAAGAAGCUCUGGAGUCGUUUGGAAUGGAUCGUUUUCAUCGUUUAAAACUUCUUAAAGUAAUCGAUGGCUGGAGGCCACAGCUAUAGAAGCUAGCAGUGACACAUCUCUAGAACUUUGAUAUAGAUUCUGCCAACAACGCAUGGUUACAGCGGGUUUUUACACUAGCGUGAUGCAUCUUUGUUGCUAUGCUGAUCGUGAUAUGUUAUACUGUUAUACACACUUGACUUCCUUUUACUUUGUCAAGGAGGAAUGAGGUGUUUAUCAUUUUAGGGACUGUUUAUUUGAAACGUCUCUUUCUUUCAGUCUAAGUGGCAUGCCUGAGAACUAGCUAGUAGUAGCUAAGCGCAUCGACCACUAUAAACAUUCAACAUUUAACAUUUUGUUUUUAAAAGAUAAGUUGUUUUGCAAAAGUUAAUAUCUUUGUAAAAAACGAUUAUCGAAAGUUAUGUAAGGAAGCGUGGAAGUGUGAUUAGAGAAGUUGGAAUCCGGUGGUCCCGGAUUUGAGUGUCGCAUAUUACUCCAUUUUGUUGUCGGUUGAGUCCCACUGCUUUUAAUUUGUAAAAAACCAACUGGUACGCCUCGUGCCACUUGGAAUUUUUAAUCAUGAACAUUGAUUCGAGUCUGAUUAUGUUCUUUUGCAAUAGUUGUUGCGGUUUGUUUACAUUUCUAAACUUUGAAUAAAAAUAUACAUCGUCAAUAUCGGUUUCCAAUUUCCAGUUGCAGCCUUCUGUGUCACUUAGGCACGAAGAGGAUCAUGUCAUGUCAAUAUUGAUUUCUAAUUGACAAUUAUCACGUAGACAUUUCUAAAUAAUGUUCCAGAAGAUUCGAAAUCGUCCAGAAACAACAUUUGCAACUCGAGAGAUAUUUGACCUGUUAUAGACGACUUUCAUAAGAUUCAGCUCCUGCUGUUGACCCUUUCAAGCGCAAAAAGUAUUCACUUGUUUUACAUUCUAUUCAAUCGAAGCAAAUUCCAAAGAUUUUUGUAAAAUUUCAAAACUUUUGGAGUAACAACAAAAAAGACCUUUGCGUCGUUUUGAAAUAUCAAUGAAAGGUUUCUGAAAAUUGUGAACUUGUACAGUUCCGAGACUACUUAUAGAAGAGAGGAAAUAAACGAUGAUAUUACUCACUCAA